AUGGCAUCAAGUCGCCUACGAGAUCGGAAAGGGAAGGAAGUUUCUCGUGGUAUAGAGAAGUCAUCUUCUGGAUCUUCGUCGGUGACCCGUGGAGAGGGGUCAUAUUACUGUUAUUGCGAUUUACCCGCACCAUUGAAGACCUCCUGGACUACGAAUAACCCUGGAAGAAGAUUUUGGGGUUGCGCCACCUACAAUUCAAGAACAAAAUCUGCAUGCAAAUUUUUCAAAUGGAAGGACAACCCAACUUGUGCAAGGGGUAAGGAGGUCUUAAAAGAGAUUAUGAAGAAGGUUAAUGAGCUGGAGGAUGAAAAUGGAAACUUGCUGGCAAAGAUGAAAGACUUGGAGAAUGAAAGGGACAGUUGUAUGGAAAGGGUUAGGCAAUUGCAGAAAGGAGAUGAUAAACGCAUGGAAAUCAUCAAUUGUCUAGAGAAGCAAAAUGUCAACUAUAGGGCAAGAGCGAAAUUUCUGAUGUAUGCUUUGUCCCUGUCAUGGGUUACCAUGCUGUUGAUUGGUUGUGUUGCACUUAUGAAGUGA